CCCGAAGAGGACCCCCGCGAUAGACUAUAUCUAGACUGAGACACUUCAUCUUUGGACCACUUCUUCCACCAUUGCGGACCAUUGUCACGGAGCUGAUACGGUCGUGAUGUGGGGCCUCUAGAAGGCCAUGAGCGGAGCAUCGGAGCAGACGGAGGGGACAGUGGUACGGAGAGAGAUGGCAGUUACAAAGGUGCGGCCCGAUAUGCAGAUUGGUAUGCAGAUGAUGGUGGAGAAGAGAGCUGAGGCGGAGAGAGUCCGGGAGCAGAGGCGGCGAUUGGCGAAUCACAUCGGCGGAAGGGCUGACGACGACGGAGUUGGUGAGCGAAUGGUGGAGGAGGAGGAGGAGGAAGGGUGGACCCGUGUGCAGCGGAAAGGGAAGGCCCAAGUGGGGGGGGGGGGGGGCAGAAAACCCCCGAAGAAAGAGGAGGAGCAUCGUUGGUGGCAGGAAGUUGUCAGGAGACACCGGGCCGGCCAGAGAAGGAGGCGGAGCCUGAAGAGGAAGAAAAUGGAGGCCAGGGGACAAAAUGGAGGGUGAAGAUAACCCUCAACCCGGAGGGCUAUAAGGGAAACAAGACGCUGAGGCGUGGAGACUUUACGGCUGAGGUUCUUUUGAAGACUCUCAAAGUUAAUCCGAGAGACUUGCACUGCGUGGUGGCCUUUGAUAACAGGAAGGUCUGGAAUGUGACUUUUGAAACUGGGAAAAGUUACGCUGCAUUUUGGAAGGCGCAUGAGGAGGCUUUGAACAGAAGGGAGCUGGAGGGUUUGGUGUUUGACAUGGGGCGGACAGCACAAGAGAGAGUGCUGUACAUCAAGAUGUUUAUAGACAUGGCGCAGAAGGAUGACGUGAAAAGAUGGUUGGAGCAGAGGGUGGAACGAGUGACGUUUGCAGAAAAAGAAUGUGAUCGCUGGGGGCUUUGGACGGAGGCAUGGAGGGUGAAAGUGGUGCUCCAUGAGGUGGUGGGGAGCCCCGGGGCGGUUAAGCACUUAGCUUCUGCAGUGCAAAUUGGGCCGUGUAGGGGAUACGUGGUCUAUCAUGACCAGCCCAAGCUGUGCAAUCAGUGCGGGCAAGAGGGGCACCUGGCGGCGUUCUGCCAGCUCACCGUGUGUUAUCGCUGCAGGGGGCUGGGGCACACAGCUCAAUUCUGUAAGGAGAGCUUUGUGUGUCAGGGUUGCGGGCAGGAGGGGCACAUACAGCAGACGUGCCCCUCGUCCUACGCAAAUCGAGUGCGGAUGGCGGGGAGUCGUGAGGAGCCGGGGGGGGAGGCGAGAAAAAUGGAGGAGGCGGAGCAGAUGGCUAUGCCACAAGAGGGAGGAGAGAUGUUUGCGGAAGAAAUGCAGGUGGAGGAAAGACCUGAGGAGGAGGAGGGUAAUGAGGGGAUUGAAGAGGCAGCCAAGGGGCUGGUGGAGGAGGAGUGUUUGGAAAUGCAGACACAGAAGGGAGAGGAGGAAGAGGGGGGGGAUGCGGUAUUGCAACAUUUGAGGGGUAUGGUGGCGGAGUUGGAAAUGGUGCAAAGAAAGGGACAGACGACGGGUCCCACACAAGAGAAGGGGUGGGCAGAGCAACUGGAGGAGAUGGAGGCAAUCGAACAAGGGCGAGAAGGGAGUCUCAAGAAAAGGAAGAAACCCGGCGGGGAGGAAAAGGGGAUGAAGAAGCUGGGGAUGCAAACUGAAGGUGGAAAGGAAGAAGGGAAAGGGAAGAAGAAAGAGAAGAGGGAGGGGGAAGGGGAAAGGAAGGAAAGUUUGGGAAUUUUGAACCCAAGAUUGGUGGAGGGGCUGUUGAAAACACCUGGGAAAUGGAGGAAAGGGGUAGAGUCCUCACCGGAGGCAUCGGAGACUGGGAGUGGGGAAGAGGUGUGAGGGGGAAUUUUAUCGCUGUUGCUUACCAUGGAAGGGGCAUUUGUAUUUGUUCUGAUGUAUGCUAUGUUAUGUUAUGUUAAGUGUUGAUAUUUAAGAGAGAACUGAAACGCUUUUGUGGUUUGAAUCUGUAACAAAAGGGAGAAGCUUUUCUGUUUGGUUUUGUUUUGUACGGGAAAGUUUUGUUAUGUUAUGGCGUGAAUGUUGUUAUUUAGAGCUCUGAACCGGAAAAGAGAGAAAUUUUGGUGGUGGUGGUGAACGAGGUAUGAUUUUAAUAAAAAGAAAAAAAAAAAAAUCUAUGGAUGCAAGCCAGCAUUUUGCUCGCUUUACCAGCCGCAGCAUCGCUCUGAAGGCUCGUGUUCAUCUUGUGGUCAAUCGUGACCCCCAAUUCCCUUUCAUCCGUGGUGCUAGCCAGGGUAGCACUGCCAUAGCCAGGGUAGCACUGCAUUUUUUGGUGUUAAACACCAUCAGGUUCUCAUCCUCCCAUUUCAUGAGCCUCUCAAGAUCUGCCUGGAUCACCCUCCUGUCCUCAGGUGUGGACGCUUUACCCCAGAGUUUGGUGUCAUCGGCGAACUUGGCUAGCCCGCUACUGAAACCAAUGUCAACAUUAUUGAUGAAGAUAUUAAAAAGUAAAGGCCCUAGGACAGAGCCUUGAGGGACCCCACUGGCCACAGCGCACCAAGACGAUCGACUUCCAUCAACCACCACCCUCUGGAUCAUGCCACGGAGCCAAUCCCCAGCCAGCGGAUUGUGGUGGACCCGAGGCCGCAGUUAGCCAGUUUUGCAAGAGAUGAUCAUAGGAUACCAAUGAGAAGGCUUUCUUGAAGUCAAGACGUAUGACAUCAAUCUCUUCUCCCUUGUCCAGGUGAUAGGUCACCUGGUUGUAAAAGGAAAUGAGAUUGGUCAAACAAGACCUACCUGCAACAAACCCGUGCUGGGUAUCCCUCAGGAUAUUGCCUUCAGCUAGUUUGUUAAGGAUGGCUUCCUUGAUAAUCUUUUCCAAGACAUUCCCCAGGAUAGAGGUCAAGCUGAUGGGUCUGUAGUUUGCCGGAUUCACUUCCUCCCUUUCUUGAAGAUAGGCACCACGUUGGCCUUCUGCCAAUCUUUGGGCACUUCACCUGAGCGCCAGGAGCUUUCGAAGAUCCGUGCCAGGGCCUGCUAUGAUGCCUGCCAGUUCUUUAAGUACCCUGAGGUGUAAACCAUCAGGGCCAGCUGAUUUGAAGGUAUCCAGCCUGUCAAGGUGUUCCUUCACAAGGUCAUCUUUGAUGGAGGGUAAGGAAUCUCCCUCACCUGGGCCUCCCUGUCCCGCAGUGGGCAGGGGCGUCCCCUGGGACUGGUGAAAAAUUGAUGCAAAGUACCCAUUUAGCAAGUUUGCUUUUUCCUGGGCAUCGCUUGUCAGUUGUCCCAUCUGGUUUAGCAGGGGUCUGAUGUUGCCCUUGCUUUUCCUCCAGCUCCCCCCAUAUCUAAAAAAGGACUUUUUAUUGUCCUUGAUAUUUGUAGCUGGCCGGAGUUCUGUCGCAGCCUUGGCUUUCCUGGUUUGCUCUCUGCAGGUCCAGACCAGAGCAGAGUAUUCCUCCUUGGUGACGGUUUCAGUCCUCCAUCCUUUGUAGGUCUUCCUUUUAAGACGCAGGAGGUCUGCUACUUCCCUAGACAGCCAAGGGGCUGCUGUGCCCUUUUGCUGCUUUUCCUCCAAGACGGGAUGGACUUUGCUUGUGCAUCCAGGAUUGCUCCCUUGAGGAGCAACCACUUGUCCUGAACUCCUCUCCCCUUUGGGUUGUGGCCCAUUAGGGCCUCCCUGACAAGCCUCCUGAGCUUGUCAAAGAGCUUUCCUGAAGUUGAAGACUUCUAUAUUACGGACUGACUUGCCAGCUUUUUGGCGGAUGGUGAA